UGCUACUCAACAGACAGUCUACUCCUGGUACUGUUGCUUAGAGGCAAGGGAAGGGCAGCAGCAUGCAUCCUCGUAGCAGGCAGGUGCUCUGUCGACUGCAUGGACACCUCCGGCAGCACACACUCAAAGGCAGCAGCGCGCAUCCACUCAAUCAAAGACGGGCCAUGGCAUCAGAUACGGCGGGUCUCCAGCAAGAGACUUCCAGGAUCCCCGAUGACCCAGACAUCUUGACGACCCAAGCACCAGGCCUCAACCCAUCCACGCACAGUAAAAAAUCUGCCUCAAAUCAAGAUGCAGACGCGCUACAAAAUAAGAGCUUCCCUAGGUUGCAGUACAGACCGCCGCCACUCGGUGUUGUGCCUGCGUAUGAUGCUGCGCUCGAGCUGAUUGCAGAGGAACGCGCACAAACACAACGCAAGCUCGCUGCAACGAAAUCGAAGCUAAAACGACUCGCUGCAUCGGAAGCAACUGGUCAGGGUGCGCGACAACUCGCCCUGCAGCAGCAAGUCGAUACAUUGACUGUACAAUUGGAUUUGGAUGAUCCAGAAGUACGGUGGCGUGCGCGGCAUGGUGAUUAUGACCUGAGUCGGCCAGUGUAUCGCUUCCUAGCAGAAGAAGCGUGGCGCGGGAAACCACUUGCCAUGUUGAUGCAGCGUGUUGAGCAGAUGCACGUCACGCCAGACUUGAUACCCCUCAUCUCCCCGGGUGUGCAGGUGGACAUCCUCAUGACGGAUCGUGUGACGGGUAGAGAAAUCCGGCCUGAGCCUGGAGCGUUUGUUGGGUCACGGCAAGCGAGUGGACGACCGAGUAUCUUGAUUCAGUCCUUCAAAGCACACGAACGCAAACUCGCUAUGGCUAUUGUCGAUGCCGAUGUACCGGAUGUUGCGAAUGACAGCUUCACGACGCGAUUGCAUUAUCUACAAACUGGGAUUACUGUAGGUCCUACGAAGCAGACAGUUGGACCAGAGGAUGGUGUUGUGCUACAAGAUUGGGUGCCGCCACACCCGGAAAAGGGCACACCGUACCAUCGUCUAUGUGUGCUUGUUUGGGAACUACCGGACACACCACCGCAACCGAAUGCUCCGCUUGCGAGUCAGGUGCCUGGUGCGAUUAGCAGGGUUGGCUUCCACCCGCAGCACUAUGCACAGCAGAAUGGCUUGCAUGCUGUGGGUGUGCACUUUUGGCGGCAGGAGUGGGAUGCUGAGCUGGCUGAGGUGAUGGCUGGAUACCCUGAGGCUGGAUUCACGGACAGGAAGUAUCGUCGGAUCAAGGCGUAGUACUUGAGUAUGCUAGUACUGUGAUGGCAUGAUGGUAGCGUCCAUCUGAGCCACAAAUCGAGUCACAAAGAAAUAAAUAAAAAUCAAAUUUGUGGGCAGAGUCAGAGGACAAGAAGGAAAGACUGGAGGGAAGCAGAACAGAACACAGACAGCUCAUAUACUCUCAU